CCAGCCUUUAAGUACGCUUGUCUUUGGUCAGCUUCAUAUCGAUCCAAUUCGCCAUCUGCGGCCCUUGCAUUCACUCAGUACGCCGGCUCCUCAUUGGCUGGAUUCACUCUCACUCGAGCUUGUAUCGAUCGAGUCCAUCCUACUUUGAGAUUUCCUUCCGUCACGGUCGUUUUCGCCCGGGUUCGCCUAAAGUCACAUUCGUGUUUCGUCAGUGUCCAGUGCUCCGGCACCUCACUCGAUUCGGCUCGCCUUUUCCUUUGCACCAAUCCUCUGGCCAAACGAAACGGCCUCGCCUUUUUUCCCUUCCGUCAAAUAUGCCCAAGGCCUAAUCCCAACCAUAGCUCUGAAAUGCCCAUAUUUGGCUGA